CGGAAGUUUAGGAGAGAGAGCACACGAUCGGCUGUUUGGCUCCUUGUGCAGCCAAACAUAUGACAUUGCUCACUGCCAAAUUCGGCCAGCAUCGCUUCCAAACCUGCGCGUUUAUCGCCAGAGUAUUUUGAGGCCGCGUCGGCCCAUACCUCGAUAUCUUGCUCGCAAUGGCACCCCCACGACGUUCCUUUGGCCCAGACGAGUCUGCCUUGGACGACAGUCCUGACGGCCCCGAGCCGACGACCAGUCGCAUUCAGCGCUUUGUGGGUCGAAUGUCCUUUGGAAGCGUUAGUCGACACCGCGGCAGCUUCGUGUCUCGCUGGAGAAAUCAGAACGAUAACGCGGACGGCGAAGGGGACAAUGCAGUCGAUACACCUGGUACCGAACGACCUCCCAUACCUGUUGUGAUGCAGGCAGCAGAACCCUACGCCACACCUCUGCCAAUCUUAUCCAUGAUUGUGCUUUCGAUCACUAUGCUUGGCGAAUUUCUUUCUGCGAAUGUUUCCACUCCCUUCGUGCUGUUCAUGGUCAAAGGCGCGUCGUCAUUACCCUCGUCAUUGAGCAAGCCUGACGUAGAGGGCGCAUUUUCCUACGCGAAGGCAUCUAACGUAAAAUCAGUAUCGACGUUCUUCCUUACCCAAUUCCUAACUGCGAUCCUUUGGGCCACUGUGGCGGAAAAACAUGGUCGCCGCUUUGUCUUGGUGGUUUCACUCCUGGGGAGCGCGCUGACAUGUGCCGCAUUUGGCACUUCGACAUCGCUUGAGGAGGCGAUUUGCAUUCGUCUCCUGCAGGGUGUGUUUGCCGGGGCAGUCGGUGUCGCGCGUGGCUCAGUCGCGUUCAUCACCGAUGCAUCCAAUGAAGGCAGAGCAUAUGCUAUUUUGGGCUUCUGCUGGGGCCUCGGUGGUGUUGCCGGUGCUAUCGUUGGUGGAGCUUUCGAACGUCCGGCCGUGAAAUGGUCUGGUGUGUUUGAAAACACGCUCUUUGACCGAUAUCCGUAUCUUCUGGCAUGUGGAGUGGCUUCAUCGGUGACCCUGCUCGGGUCCAUUUUGGGAUGUUUCCUUGGACCUGACGGAGGACCAAGAGAAGGAGCCAUUCGUUUGAUCGAAAAGUCGGAUCAACACCCGACGAUCCCAGAAGAAGAAGAAUCCAGGCCUCCAACUCCUGUUUUCGAUGAUGAGGAGCGCCAGUCCACGCUCGGAAGGAGGAUGUCGAAGAAACUCUCUAGUUACUUUGCGCGCCAAGCAACUGAACGGGACCCGCUUCUUACUCCUGGUGCUGAGUCUAGUCAGCCAGCAGUAAGACUCGAUCGCACGCGCACGUUCUCAAGCUCUAGACCCAGUCGAGCAAACGGCUCUGCCUACGGGUACGCUGGAAGCUACCGGAGCCGACUUGCGAGCAGUGUGGUGAACAAUCGCCGUGGGAGUAAUGCCAGCACGAUGCGGCGGCGACACAUGAGUCUGGCUGACUCACAACAGCGGGAUUCGAUGGCAUCAUCGACCGAUCUGAACUUCGCGCAACGGCUUCUAAUUGCUAACGAGAAUGCGGUGACCAAUAUCGCCGAUCUCUGGGUCGCUGCUGCAAUGAAUGUGGAUAAUGAAGAUGUCUUCGAGGACAGCGACACCGAGCUCGGCGAAAACGAUGAAGAAGAAGAAGCUGAAGACCGGCCCUCGCGUUCUGUGCUCGUCUCUCCCAUCGGUGGCCGUCCCUCUACUAGUCGUCGCCUUUCUGCUGGUCGUCGUCCCUCUGCCGGUCCAGUUGGUCGAUUCGAGUCUCCUCGACGGCCAUCGACUGUCCGCCGGCCCUCUUUCUCUCAAACCCUCGAAGGAGCCCGGCGCCUCUCAGCUGUGCCGAGCAUCUUCGCUCAUCCUGGUGUCAAAACGCCGCCCGCGGUGCUGGAUGCCCAGAUGCUACUUUCACGUGACCCUGAGCCACCGUCGGCCGGCCCCGACCUGUUGGAGCCAAUCAUUGAAUCACGUCGUGUCUCGCUGCACGAUGCUGAAGGCCAGAUUGAAGUUAUUGAACCGCAACCGUCAAUGAUGUCACAGCUUCCUGUGCUAGUGAUCAUACAGUAUGGGAUGCUUGCACUGCAUACCACGACACACGACCAGAUCUUUCUGUCAUACCUGGUCUCGGACGUUAACGCGGGGGGGCUCAAUCUAGAAGCCAGCCACUUUGCCCAACUGAUUGCGCUGAUGUGCCUGGCCCAAAUUGCAUACCAGUUCUACCUAUAUCCAAAUAUCGGUCCACCCCGUGGCCGGUUCUCACAUCUAGCCAUGUUCCGCAUCGGCUCCGUGCUGUUUAUUCCAGCUUAUCUGGCUGUCAUUCUCCUCCACCCGUUUGCUACCGAUUCAGAAGGCGAAAACUUCUCGGUCAUGAGUGGGCUUGCUGUUAUCACGGCUGUGCGAUACUCUGGUGGAACUUUCUGUUACACCUCAAUCUCCAUCUUGCUGAACUACAUGACGCCGCCGCCUGCUAUCGGUCUGGCGAAUGGCAUGGCUCAGAGCAUUCUCGUUAUCAUCUCAAUGCUCUACGUCUCACGUCCCCUUCAGCUUUGGUCAGUCAGCGUGCAGGACAAUCCGUCAGGGUAUCCCCUGGGCUUUGUCAUCUGCGGCGCCGCCUGUCUCUUCUCCGUGCUCCACAGUUUCAUGAUACGAUGA